AAGACUGCAAUACAGCAGCAGUGGACUUGAGGCUACACUAGGGGCGGAGUUUGACCUCUCAAGUCUCAAAACAUCACUAAUCCGCGUCGGACAUUCUGGCACAGGCCAUCACCAGCCCCACUUGUACAAGAAAGGGACACAUUUUCACCGGAGAAAAAACAAAACAAAAACACUGUCCGGACCGGGUCUGUGUGGCAUCAAACACAGACUCGGGCUGCCGCCUGUGUGCGCGUCGGAGGGAUUGGUAAUGCUGCACUAUGACAGAUAGUGCGUUACAUGCGUCUGGACAUAUCUGCAGUCAUUUCUAGCCAGUUUUAUUCGCAGGAUUCGGCGAGAAGUCGUGGGAUUUGCGCGUUGACAGCUGGACCGCCCUGCGCCUUCAUUGGAGGCGAGCAGCCAAGGAACCGCUUCCCUUUAAGAUUUUAUCGAGUUGCCAUUCAAUGUCCAGUAGCACAUGGCUGAAACUGCCCUGUGGCUGAUCCUGACAAUGCUUUCAACAAACCGCUCUGGAGGUGCAUGGGGAUGAAAUGGAUGGAGCCCAUGGCCAGACCAACGCACCAGCUCCCACCUCCCAGCAUGUCCAACUGCAGCAAGUCUCCUCCAAACUCUGGAGAAGUUGCAGGCUCUAACUCCAUGGCAUGGGUGAAGAUGUUCAAAAAACCUGGAGGAGGCCUGAAGAAGUCCUACCAGCCUGGGAGCAUGCUGUCUCUCGCGCUCACCAAAGGCCUGCUGAAUGAGCCGGGGCAGAAUAGCUGUUUUCUAAACAGUGCUGUUCAGGUGCUUUGGCAGCUGGACAUCUUCAGGAGAAGUUUGAGGCAGCUCUCAGGUCACUUUUGUCUCGGUGAUGCCUGCAUUUUCUGUGCUUUAAAGAGUAUAUUCAGCCAGUUUCAGCAGAGUAGAGAGCGUGUGCUCCCCUCUGACAGCCUGCGUAACGCCCUAGCUGAAACUUUUAAGGAUGAGCAACGCUUUCAACUUGGCCUGAUGGAUGAUGCUGCAGAGUGCUUUGAGAACAUCCUCGAGCGAAUUCAUUUGCACAUAGUUUCAGACACUGCAACUGAUGCUUGUUCAUCCAAAUCCUGCAUCACCCAUCAGAAGUUUGCAAUGAUGCUUUAUGAGCAGUUUGUGUGUCGCUGUUGUGGUGCAUCUUCAGACCCACACCCGUUCACAGAAUUUGUUCAUUAUGUCUCAACCACUGCGUUAUGCCAACAGGUUGAUCGCAUGUUGGGGAAGAACGAGCGGCUCAGGUCAGACAUGUUUGGAGAAUUGCUGCAGGCAGCAAACAACACAGGUGACCUCCGAAGCUGCCCGAGUGACUGUGGCCAGAGUAUCAAGAUCCGCCGUGUGCUCAUGAACUGUCCAGAGAUUGUGACUAUAGGAUUUGUGUGGGAUGCUGAGCAGUCUGAUCUUACGGAUGAUGUCAUUCGUUCACUUGGCCCGCGUUUGAACUUGUGUGGGCUUUUCAACCGUGUCACUGAUGAAAAUGCCAAACGGAGCGAGCUACAUCUGGUGGGGAUGAUCUGUUUUUCGAGUAAACACUACUCAGCUUUUGCCUAUCACACCAAAUCUUCAAAAUGGAUGUUUUUUGAUGAUGCUACUGUGAAGGAGAUUGGAUCCAAAUGGAAAGAUGUCGCCUCUAAAUGUAUCAGGGGACAUUUCCAGCCACUUCUUUUAUUUUACACUAAUCCUGAGGGAAGUCCAGUGUCUAAUGAAGAUGCACCAAGACAAACCACGAUGUGUCCCCGGUACAAAGCCCAAGUAAAUGGUGACAUGACAACAAAACAUCCCCUUGGCAGUCCUAACAAAUUCCAGGAACCUUUCAUGGAGAAUUUGCAGAGGCCAGGUGAAACGUCAAAAAAGGACAGAGGGCAUCGGAGAACUGACCCAUCACAACACAAAGAGAUGGCUCAUGCAAGAUCAUCACCUCCUCCAGAGAAUGGACUGAGGCCUCCUGCGGACCAAAAAUUAAAAAGCUAUCAACGCACUGAGAAGUCAUCAAACCAUUCAAGCAGAGGAUCUCAGGAGCCACGUGGACAGUCCUUGGUCACACAUGGUGGUGGGCAUGGUCAGAAAAACAACACCUCCCCAAGUCGCUAUGAUCAAGAUAGCUGUCAGGAACAAUGGGAAAAAGGUGGAAGUGGAGGAAGCCGCAAUAAAUCUAAGUCCACGUGGAGACCCAUCCGGGAGGUGUUGAAUGUGGACACUGUGCUGAACGAACUGGAGCAGCGCCGGCAACAGCAGCAUGACAGUCCGCGGCGCAGCAAGCCUUCCUCACAGGAAAGGGUGCACGCUGAACCAAGUCGAGACCAUGAGAGGGAAUAUGUACGAACCAGAGACGAUCGAAAGCAGAAGUGUUUAAUGACGAUUUAUGAGGAUGAGCAGAGGCUUGAGACUGAGAGCCACAGCUCUGUAGAGUCAGAGAGCAGGGCCAACCAACAGAGGGGCAGCAGGCUUAAAGGUGGCCCCAAGACGCUGCUGCGUAGUGACACCUGGACCAUUCAGAGGACAGAGUCUGGCUAUGAGAGUAGCGAUAGACUCAGCAGUGGCUCCACCAAUCCUGACUCACCUGGGGUUGAUGGCUUUGCUGUUAAAGACCAGAGAUCAACACCAGAGGCACCGUUGCAAAGCCAGCUGCAUCAAAAGGGAGGAGAUGCAAAAUCAAGUAUAAUGUCCUCACCUUCAUACAACGGUAAACAUCAACCCAAACCUCAGGGAAAGAACCAUGACCAAGUUUCACAUUCGCAUCUAAAGUGCAGUCCAAGUUCGAGACGGAAAUCAAAGUACAGUUGUUGCACCUCCAGGAAAGCAGUGUCUUCAGACAGGGACUCUGCUGGUUCCGAUAACAGGCAGAGUGAUCAGCAGGAGCUGACAAACUGUAGAGAAAGUACAGCCCUGAGGCAUAUCACAAAAACCAGCAGCUCAGAAUGGAACAGCUCUGAUGAUCUUGCUCUCUCGGAGCCCGAGGAAAGAGAAAGCACUUACCGCUCCAGCAACAGCGAGGCCGUUGCCUCUGAUUCCCAGCGUCCUCAUAUUACCCCGCCAUACCACCCUCCCAGCAAUGUGACUGCAGAACCUCUUCAAGUGAACAAUCAGCGUCAGCUCGGCACGACAGGGUCACCUCACCUUCGAUCCACCCAGCGGAUCUCUCCUCACCAAGGCGAAACAAGCCAUGCCGUGUUUCGUCCGAGGAUGCUUCAAGAACCCUUUCCAUCAUCUCCUCGCCUUUCAUCCACAUCCUACGUUAGUCCUCACAGGAAGCCUGACAUGUCAGGCCUCCGAACCUUCUCAGAUGCAAGCUCCAAGUCUGGCUCUGACCCAGAGAGGAGUACCCCAUCGUCAUGUGAAAGCGAGGAAAGACUGACUGGAUGCAGAGUGGAGCAGGCGGUGCCAGCUCAAGAGGUUUCUCUAACAACAUACUUCAAUGUGGAUAACUGUAUGACAGAAACAUACCGUCUCAAGUACCACAACCAGAGGCCUCUUGUCCUCUCUGCCACGGUGCCACGGACAGUGGUUGCAACUGAGCGAAGAGAUACCAGCCACACACUCCCCGCUGACACACACUCACAAGAUGUGCCAAAAGCCAGACCUGAAACAAGCCAUAAUAGCAAUAAACCCACUGCAAAAUGGAACCCAGUGUCAGCCAAAGGACUGGAUGAUCAUGGUUUUUUAUGAGUGUUACUUGGUAAGUUUUGUUUACAAGGAUGGACAGUGGUCAGUGGAGUACUAACUGGAUGCCAAAGAGUUUAGAGAAUGGAAAGAUGUUCAGAAGCCCGCCAUCUCCGAAUAGAGCGGAAUGUAUUUAUGCAAGGUUGUCACAUAAGUUAAACCUAUUUCUAAAUGCUGUCAUGUAUUGUGUGACAGAUAAUCAGCUAUUACAUAUACUGUCUUCCAUUGUCCUGCAGCAUUGCUGCAAGAAGAUUUAGUUUUAACCAAAAUCUGGACUGUUCUCAGUUUGCACAAAGAGUUUUUUGAGUCUUUUAAUCACCUUAUGUCAAGUUAAAAAUGUUUAUUUUUUUAUUUGUACAGUAGUUCUGCAGAAGUGAUGCAGAGUUGAAGAUAUAUACCGAUACAUGUAAAGUCAGACAUGAGAGAUAAUGGUGAGCCACCAUUAGAUUGAUUGUACUGUGGUUUGCACAGUAAUUAUACAAAGAUGACAGAAGGAAGUGUGAUAACAAAUCACAGCAUGAUAACAUGAAAGGAUAUGUGAAAGAUACUUUAUCAUAAUAUGAUGUCAUUCUAUAAAAAAAUAAAAUAAAACCUUCCGCGGCAGGUUAAAGGUAGUUCAUUUAAUCACACCAAAGGAGAGUGAAGUAAUAAUAUUGGAAAAGUUUUUUCUGGGCAGCUUACUGAUUUUAUGCACAUUGAGGGCUUUGGGUCACCAGGGAACAGAUGUUGCAACAUUCACUCAUAUUCGGUUACUGAUUAUUUGUUAUCAUUUAUCAGUUCUUUUACAACAUUUAUCUGUUAAUGAAUGACUGCAGGCUGCCCCGUGACAGCCAGCCUCCCAUUGGCUGUGAAAAUCUGCCGAGAAAGAUAAAUAAAUCAUUGCUUCAAAUGAUUUGUUCAUUUUGCUGGAACAUUAUAGGCACAUUUCAUGCCAUCAUUCAUAAAAAUGUAGAGAUCUUUGAGAGAAACAGACUGUGUUCAGUUUCUGUCAGUUACAAAGCCUAUCAUUUGUAGACUAUGACGUUCUGUAGCUGGGGCAGCCCUAAGGUUAUUCAGCAGGUCACUAUAUGCGAUCAUGUAAACUUGUGUAUUCUACCUUCGAUUGUGCUGGUUCUUGUAAUCCUUUUUUGUAAUUCACAGUGAUGUCAAAUUGUAUUUUUUCAGUCUUCCUCUUCAAGUAGAAAGAUUUAAACAGGUCUGUAUUUGCAGGUAUUUUCAUAAAGAUGCCAAUAUACUUAAUAUGCCUCUCUGAUAUUAUUAUUGACCAUACAACACAAAAACACAAGUAUUCUUGUUAAUAAGAUUAAUGUUCUGAAACCUGCAUGUGGCCUUUACAAAGUCUUACUAGCUGUGUGUACAGCAUAAGCAUGAGCAUGAAAAUAUUGGACUGUGAGUCCAACAGACAUAAAUUCUAUUGGAUUUUACUGAAUUGUAAUAAAAUACAUUAAUUAAACAGCAUUUUGUAACAACAGUUGAUUUGGAAACUUUUUAACACUUGAAUGAUGUUCUAUUCUCUUGCUCAUGCCAGAACACGUACUUUUGUUUCUGCAUCCAUUGUAAAUAUAAACGGAUGAUGCAAACAAUAUGCUGGAAUUUGCCUGUCCAACACAUACUAUGCAUUCACUAAAAGUUACUUUAAGAUUACUUUAACAGCAGAUUUUGGUGUUUUUUAAAGCUUUGUAUUCUGUGCAUCAGACAUUCCUGAGAACACAUAAAAAUCAGUGUUACUCAAUUUUCAAAUAUUAAUAUCAAUUUUAUUUUCUGGACAUUAAAUCGCCAAGUCUUUUCCUAAACAUCCUGCCAUUUAUACAUUAUACAUUCAUGUGUGUUUUCACUUGCUUUGCAUUUUUUUUGUCAAGGUAUUGCUCUACUAUUGUCACUGCACAUACUGGCUCACAUUUGCUGUUUGUGUGUGUUGUGUUUGAGUUGUCUGACAUCAGAGAUUUAUGUGUGUGUGUGUGUGUGUGUGUGUGUGUGUGUGUGCGUGUGUGUGUGUGUGCGUGUGUGUGUGUGUGUGUGUGUGUGUGUGUGUGUAUGUGUGUGUGAGUGUGGGUGUAAUCACACCUAAACAUGUAACCUAAGCAUCUACUUGCAUUUUUCACGGUUUAUUUAUUGACACUGUUAAAAUUCAAGAAAAAGGAAGCAUCUUCUAAUAAUGUUUCAUUAUUUUCACUUUCAUUCAUUAUACAACUCAUGCCUUUACAAGCUGAUUGUGCUGUAGUUAUUAUAACUCUAUUUUUUUACUGUUAUUUUAAGAUAUCUAAUAUACUAAGUAGAUAAAGAAAUCAAAACUACUAAAUCAUUGGAUUGGCUGAAGCUGAACUGAGUAUAUUAACCAGGUUAUCUCAAUGUUGUCUCACCUGCAAAGUGUUUUUGUGGUUUGUUAUGUGACUAAUGGUUCUAUAUUUUAUCUACAGUAUUUUUCCUGUUAAAAUGAUUUCCUGUAUCUGUAAGAAAAAAAUAGGAACUUUUAUUUUACGUUCUGAUCUGUGUGUCUUCAGUUGUAUCAAGAGUGCCUUGACAUUUUCAGUGUGAAGAGUGUGUGUUCGUGUGUGUGUGCGUGUGUGUGUGUGCGUGUGUGUGCAUGUGUGUGCGUGUGUGUGAGAGUGAAACCACACUUAUGGAAUGAAGGAGAUGAAUGAAUGGGAUGGAGGAGGUCAUGCAAAACUUUUGAAUAUGCAAUGCUAAUAGUGAUAAUAGUGACAUAUCUGCUGACACUCCUUUGUGUGCACCCUUGUACUGUGUUUGUGUGUGUGGGGGUGGGGUUUGGGGGGGGGGGGGGGGGGGGUUGGGUGGAUUUGGUGCCAGGUCUAAUCUUCCUAAAAGCCCUUUCAGACUUGGAAGCUACAGCCUCAGCGGCAAGCAGCAAACUCAGCGGUUCACUUUUCAUCUAGCUGCAAUUGGCAAGUUUGACAUGUUCAAAUGUCAUCAGCAAAAAGUGGGGCAGUCAGUGCUUGUAAGUGGCAAGUACAUCCCACCUCCUGGGUGGCGAAGCUGGGUGCUUCCAAGUUUGAACGAGCCUUAAUGUACAAAAACAAGAUUUUUUUUUCCAGUGCUUGUCCUGGGUUAUUAUAUGUAUAUGUGCAUCUGUGUGCUUGGAAAAGGAAGCUGAUAAUUGCACCAAUGAUCCAUAGCUUUCAUUUGAAGGCUUUAUAUACUAUAGAGGCCCAUUUGAUGAAAGGUCUUUUUGUCCUGUGUCACAUAACGUCACAGCUGGUAUUGCAUCAAUCCGAAUCUUUUAUCUUGUGCUACAUAUACGGGGUCAGAACCUGAUUACACUGUACUGCAUCAACACUCGAGAACAAGAAAUAACUUUCCACUUUAUGUCACUGAUUUUAUCUGAUAUGGCCUGAUGUGAAAGCCUCACUGAAUCCUAUUGUCAUACCUCUGUGUGUGGUUAGGACUCAGCUUGACAUUACUGCUGAAUUGAGUUGUCGGUGCUUCAGUGAUAGACUUCAUGACUUGCGUAAGUAUAGACCAAUUUAAAGAAACAUGUCAAAUCUGUCUACACUUUAUAUUUUUGUAGAUAAUAUAUAUUUAUUUUUAUUCAUUGUUGAAUAAAGUUUAAAUUAUUGUA